AAAAAAAGACUACACUUCAUUCUGUCUCUGCGAGAUCUGCCGUGCUUCUCCCCUCGCUCCCCGUCCCGACAACCGAUCCUUCUCCCCACCGAUCCGGCUCCUCGGCGAUGGUCGUCUGCAGAUGCCGCAAGGCGACGAGAGUUUAUUGCUUCGUCCACCAGGUUCCCGUCUGCGGCGAGUGCAUCUGCUUCCCGGAGCAUCAGUUGUGCGUGGUAAAAAACUAUGCUGAAUGGGUUGUUAAUUCUGAUUAUGACUGGCCACAACACUGCUCUUUUUGUAAUUCGGUUCUUGAAGCUGGAAAUGAAGAAACUACACGAUUGGGUUGCCUCCAUGUGAUGCACACAAAAUGCUUGAUAUCACAUGUCCAAAGUUUUCCAACCCAAACAGCACCAGCAGGAUUUGUCUGCCCCUCAUGUUCCAUACCUAUAUGGCCUCCUUUGAGUAUUAAAGAUACUGGAUCUCGCCUUCACACUAAGCUGAAGGAAGUAGUAGCCAAGACUGGAUUGGAGAAGAAUGUAUUUGGAAAUCAUUUUGUGACUGCAUCUAAAGCUGAUGUCGGCACCCCCCCUGCAUUUGCUUCAGAUCCCCUUAAGCGUCUAUCUGGUUCUAGUGAAUCUAAUGGUGCAAACACAGUCAACUCUUCGAAAGAUGCUACUUUAUCAUCAGUGGUACUCUCCAAUGAGGAUAAGCGUCCUGCUGGGAUGUACUCCUCUGGGACUCCUAGUCACGUGGAACCAGAAAUAGUUGAGAUAGAUGGACCUAGUCUCAUAACAACCCAGCUCCCAGAACAGGAGUCAAAUUUCAUCAGAAGUCCAAGCCCGCACGGGCCUGGUGCCACGACAAGGAAAGGUGCUAACUAUGUUGAGAGACAAAGUUCAGAGAUGUCCUAUUACGCUGAUGAUGAAGAUGCAAACCGCAAAAAGUAUACUAAAAGGGGUACAUUCCGUCACAAAUUUGUAAGGAUGCUACUACCUUUCUGGUCUAGUGCACUGCCAACAUUACCAGUCACAGCACCCUCUAAAAAGAAUGAUGCUCCAGAAGGCCGCUCACGACAUCAGAGAUCAUCACGAAUCGAUCCCACAAAGAUCUUGCUUGCAAUGGCAAUCAUGGCAUGUAUAGCAACCAUGGGAAUUCUCUACUACCGUUUGUCACAGCGCAGUCUUUCUGAUAACUUUGCGGAUGAUGAGGCUCAGUAGUGCUGUUUGUUUCUGGUACUGCCUUGCUGCUGUUCAAGGGUUUUGCCCUCCCUGUAUUAUUCUCUUUUUCUUAUUUCCGGCUUUCUGGGUGGUUGCCUGGUUGGGGCCUUUGGGGGUGGGAAGCUGGGGGUAGUUGUUAGUCACAUAAGAGUUAUAGUAGAUUCUUUUUUAUAUGCUGAUUCAUACUCAUGUUUUGUAACUAUGAUGUUAUAGUGUUAUCUGUUAUCUUACACCUGAUGGGAAAUCACACCUUUAGAAUUGCUAGAGGUGUUACUUUGGUCGACCCAAUUUACAGCUAUGUAAUUUUUCUAGUUUAUAAUAGAUUAUAUAUUAUUCA